AUGGCCACUUCCACCACUGCUAACACGCCCGCUGCGCCGGACCCAGGUGAGUUAGGAUCACGCAGAGUUUUGCAAAAAAGCAUCAGCUGAGCCACACGUCUUCAUUCACAUGCUUUUGCCACGCGCAGCGGUCUUUGGCGGCAAAAAGUCAGACCAGAGCGGUAACAGCAGCGCGGAGUUGGCAUAUCUCAAGUCUCUCGUCUCGCAAUUGAAUGACAAGAUCAAGUCGAUCGAAUCCACGGCCGGCUCGGUGCUUGGAAGUCUCACCUCAUCCAACGAGGGCGUUCGCAUGAUCCUCAUCGGUCCUCCUGGUGCAGGCAAAGGAACGCAAGCUCCCAAGAUCCUGCAAAGGUUCAGCGGGUCCAUCUGUCACUUGGCUACGGGCGACAUGCUUCGCGAGCAAGUGGCACAGGGUACUGAUCUUGGCAAGAAGGCAAAAGAGAUCAUGAAUCAAGGAGGACUGGUCCCUGAUGAGAUCAUGGUGGGCAUGAUUGAGAACCAGCUGGAGCAAAACCAACAAUGUGCGAAUGGGUGAGUUGGAGCAGAAAGCUGGGUCGAGGCAAAGUGUACAGUUUGGGAGCGCAGCUUUGGGCGGGAUGCGUAGGCACAGGCGGGAGCGCAAGGCUGAUCGCUGCAGAGUGUGAGCCCUCAUAAGGCUCAGAAGUGCAUCCGCUAAGCUCGUUUCGCUCAUGGUACUGGCAUAGGUUCAUCCUGGAUGGCUUCCCACGCACAACACCUCAAGCGGAGAAGCUAGACGACAUGCUCAAGUCAAAACAGCAAAAGUUGGAUCAUGCCGUCGAGCUGAAGAUCAACGACCAACUACUGAUCUCUCGCAUCACAGGAAGACUCGUUCACCCGCCAAGCGGCAGGAGUUACCACAAGGAGUUUCACCCUCCCAAGAAGCCCAUGACGGAUGAUGUUACUGGAGAACCUCUUAUUCAGAGGUCCGACGACAAUGCCGAGACGCUCAAGAAGAGAUUGGGCACCUACCACGCUCAGACCGCAGCUGUGACCGACUACUACAGAAAGCAAGGCAUUUGGUGUGAGUGUAUGCGCUUCGAAUCGACAAGACUGAAAUGGCUCGCAGCUGACGCGGCAACUACGCGACAUGUCCUCGUGUCUCCUUUAGCCGCUGUGGAUGCAGCUCAAUCUCAACAGGUCGUCUGGUCUUCCAUCUCGGCCAUCUUUGACCAAAAAGCAAAGUCUGCGCAAAAGUAA